AUGCGUCCCCUGCAGCGUCCCCGGCCAUCUCCUCCAGCCGAUGCCGGCAUCCAGCUUCCGUGUUCCGGUCCCUGCGAGCGUCAGGACGUACGGGCGCUGGAACUGGCGGCAAAUUUGAAAGUUUUAAAAAGUGUCAUUUUUUUAAAAACGAUUAUUACAUACAUUUCACAUACAUUAUGUUCCUACUGCUUUGUCCUGUGCCCUGCCUGCAUUUUGACUGUUCUUUCUGCCUGGAAACUGGCGUCCAAAAAGCGUCCCUUUAGGUCAAAAUCAGUUUUUAGACCAGCUAGGGAACAGCGAUAGUAAAUCACAACCACUUGCAGAAUUGA